AUGGACGGGCUGCCCGGUCGGGCGCUGGGGGCCGCCUGCCUUCUGCUGCUGGCAGCCGGCUGGCUGCGGCCCGAGGCCUGGGGUUCGCCCACGCCCCCGCCUGCCGCGCCGCCGCCGCCGCCGGGAGCCCCGGGCGGCCCGCAGGACACCUGCACUUCGUGCGGCGGUUUCCGGCGGCCCGAGGAGCCGGGCCGGAUGGACGGCGACUUCCUGGAGGCCGUGAAGCGGCACAUCUUGAGCCGCCUGCAGAUGCGAGGCCGGCCCAACAUCACUCACGCUGUGCCGAAGGCCGCCAUGGUCACGGCCCUGCGCAAGCUGCACGCGGGCAAGGUGCGCGAGGACGGCCGCGUGGAGAUUCCGCAUUUCGACGGCCACGCCAGCUCGGCCGCCGACGGCCAGGAGCGCGUGUCUGAGAUCAUCAGCUUCGCCGAGACAGAUGGCCUCGCCUCCUCCCGGGUCCGCCUGUACUUCUUCAUCUCCAAUGAAGGCAACCAGAACCUGUUUGUGGUCCAGGCCAGCCUCUGGCUGUACCUAAAACUGCUACCCUACGUCCUGGAGAAGGGCAGCCGGCGGAAGGUGCGGGUCAAAGUGUACUUCCAGGAGCAGGGCCGCGGUGACAGGUGGAACAUGGUGGAGAAGAAGGUGGACCUCAAGCGCAGCGGCUGGCACACCUUCCCACUCACUGAGGCCAUCCAGGCCCUGUUUGAACGGGGUGAGCGGAGGCUGAGCCUGGACAUACAGUGCGAGGGCUGCCAGGAGCUGGCCGUGGUGCCGGUGUUUGUGGAUCCCAAUGAGGAGUCACACCGGCCCUUCGUGGUAGUGCAGGCACGGCUGGGUGACAGCAGACAUCGCAUCCGCAAGCGGGGCCUGGAGUGCGAUGGCCGCACCAGCCUCUGUUGCAGGCAACAGUUCUACAUUGACUUCCGCGUCAUUGGGUGGAAUGACUGGAUCAUCGCGCCCACUGGCUACUAUGGGAACUACUGCGAGGGCAGCUGCCCAGCCUACCUGGCGGGGGUCCCUGGCUCUGCCUCCUCCUUCCACACGGCAGUGGUAAAUCAGUACCGCAUGCGGGGCCUGAACCCCGGCAUGGUAAACUCCUGCUGCAUCCCCACCAGGCUCAGCACCAUGUCCAUGCUCUACUUUGACGACGAGUACAACAUCGUGAAGCGGGAUGUGCCCAACAUGAUCGUGGAGGAGUGCGGCUGCGCCUGACGCUCCCGGGUGGGCUUCUCCCAGCCCCUCUGGGAACGGGGUGCACGGCAGGCUGUGCGCGGUCCUCCCAUUGGGCUGGAGAGCUGGUGGCAGAGUGAGGCCUGACCUAUUUUUCUACUGCAUAGAGUGACCUGUCGAAAGCAGAGUGGGGACCCUCAAUGGACAUGAAAUACUUUAAAAUGCACUCGUAACAUGCACAGACGCAUCCUGCCACCCACACAGCAGCCUCCAGGAUACCAGCAAAUGGAUGCGGUGACAAAUGGCAGCUUAGCUACAAAUGUCUGUCAGCCUGAGAGAAUGGGGUGAACAGCCACCAUUCCCACCAGCUGGCCUGGCCACUCUGAAUUGCGCCUUCCGAGCACACAUAAAAGCACAAAGACAGAGACACAGAGAGAGAGCGCAGAGAACCAGAGAGGAAAAGCCAGUGCGGGGGCAGGGAGCCGAUGGGCAGGCAGAGGGCUGCAUGUCCCCCUUUGCUUAUACAAGGCCUGCUCUGCCUCCCUGCCUGGGGUCCUUCCUGCCACAAGACCAAGGAGCCUUGUAGAGGUGGAAGAGGGCCAGAAAGGACCCACCUGCCAGGGACCAUGAAGCAGGGGCAGUGACCAUUGGACUGUUGGUCACUUGGGUCCCUGACAUGACUUAGUGUGUUUUUUGGGGGGUGGGGAGGGGGAAGGUGAGAGGGGUUUUAAUUUGAUGCUUUAACUGAUCACUAGCAGUUGACAGGUCAUCUCUGCCAGUUGUAUAACGGAAAAGGGGCUUUUCUACCAGGUAUGACCUUUAAGUUAAAAAUAUAAUUGUUCUAAAUGGAAAAAAAAAAAAAGUUGCAAUCUGCGUCCUUCACUGGGGACGUCUAUGACUGGUUGAGGGGGGGUGGGAAUGACCCCUAGGCAUGUGGACGAGUCCAGAAGAGGAAUGGUGGUGUGGAGGCAUUCUGGAAAUGCUCUGGGUGCCCCCUGCUGCGGGGGCACCAGGGGAGGAGAGCAGCUUAGCUGACCUUGGAGAGGUGGGGAAGGCUUUCGGCCACUUGGCAGAAGUUGCCAAGGUGGGCCCCAGCCACCAGGGCUGACCAGGGGCCUGGCCCCCCCGCCCCCCCGCCCACCCACCCACCUGCCCCAUGCAGCACUUGCACACCUGCCUGAGCACACACGCUGUAGCACUUGCCGAUCUCCACGUGUCCAGAAGUGGCCCUUGGCAGAGCACGGAACUUGCUCACCCUCUAGAUAGCCAAGUGCCACGUGAACUAUGCAAUUUAAAGGGUUGACCCACACUAGACGAAACUGGACUCGUAUGACUCUUUUUAUAUUUUUUUAUACUUGAAAUGAAAUCCUUUGCUUCUUUUUUAAGCGAAUGAUUGCUUUUAAUGUUUGCACUGAUCUAGUUGCAUGAUUAGUCAGAAACUGCCAUUUGAAAAAAGAAGUUAUUUUUAUAGCAGCAAAAAAAAAAAAAAAAAAAAGAA